AUGUCUAAAAUAGGAAUACUAAGUAGUCAAUUUCGGACGGACCUGAGCCCGAAUUUUAGAGCUAGUUCAAAAUUAGUCGAUUUUCCCAGCAAAAAAGAAACUCGGGCACGCCAAAUCACUGAUGUGAGCAUUGGUGUAAAUGACAAGGAAGUUGGCAUUGAGAAUGCUGAGCAUAAAGCGCUCAAACAAGCAUGUAAAACCUGGAUAAAGAAGGUCAAAAAGUUAAAAAAAGUCGAAAACGAUGAAUAUGAAGCGUUCAAAGAUUAUGAUAGACCUACUAAACCGAACCUUGUUAAUGAGGUGGAAGACCCUGAACAUUGUGAUAAACGAAUUUGA